CCGCUGCCGAUUUCACUUGAGGCGACGUUAAACCACCGGUAGGUCUUGAAUUCCCUUUUAAAGACGAGCGCGUCUGAAAGUACCAGGAAGUGAGAUGAGAGGCCGCGGUGGAAGCUGGUGUCGGAACGACGGGUUUCUGAAGUAGCCAUCGCACUGGGCAGGAAAAGCCUUGCAGGUUUAAAUAAAAACUACUUAUUUUAUGUGGUGUUUGGAGGCAACUACAAACAAAGAGGGAGAUACUAAAGGUAUGAUAUUAAAGUUGGUUUGUUCUCUUUGAUAAACCUCAAAUAUCUAGUCAGUCAGUCACUGGUGUGAAGAGUUCUCCCAGGAACGGUGAACCCCAGCUGGAAUACUCUUCACAUUUAGCCUGAUGUGAAACUUAAAGGCCUUCGCUGUACUGUAAAGUAUAAAAGUUUUUCUGAAAUGACGUAGACUAAUGUAACUUAAGAAAUCUAACCCCAAGUCGUCAAAACGUUUGUAUUUACUCUCCUGUGUACCAGCUUCAUGAAGCAUAUUGGCACUCUAUUGCUCAAAUGCUCAAGUUAUGUGUUGACAUGAAAUGGUGCAAUAGUUCUUGUUAGAACAGCUGACUUCACUCCAAAGCAACACACACAAUGUGCUGGAGGAACUCAGCAGGUCAAGCAGCAUCCAUGGAAGUAAAUAAACAGCUGACAUUUCUGGCUGAGACCCUUCAGGAGGACUGGAAAGGAAGAGCGAAGAAGCCAGAAUAAGAUGGUUAGGGGAGGGGGCAUGAAGUAAGGGGCUGGGAAGUGAUAGGUGAAAAAAGGUGAAAAAGAGGGAAUCGGAUAGGAGAGGAGAGUGGACCAUUAGAGAAAGGGAAGGAGGAGGAGGGGCACCAGAGGGAGGUGAUAGGCAGGUGAGGAGAAGAGAUGAGGGGCUCCAAAGUGGGGAAUUGAAGAGGAGGGAAGGCGGGGGAGGAAUUACUAGAAGAUGGAAAAACAUCUCUGUUUCUUACUUCAUCCCCCUCCCCCAUUUAUCUGGCUUCACCUGUCGCCAUCUAGCUUGUCCUCCUUCCCCUCCCUCUACCUUCUUCCCCCUUCCUUUCCAUUUCUGAUGGUGUCUCAACCUGAAACAACCAUUGUUUAUUCCUCUUCAUAGAUUCAGCUUGACCUGCUGUGUUUCUCCAGCAUUUUGUCUGUGUCAAUAGACAAUAGGUGCAGAAGUAGACCAUUCAGCCCCUCGAGUCUGCACCACCAUUCUGAGAUCAUUGCUGAUCAUUCACUAUCAAUACCCAGUCCCUGCCUUGUCCCCAUAUCCCUUGAUUCCCCUAUCCAUCAGAUAUCUAUCUAGCUCCUUCUUGAAAGCAUCCAGAGAAUUGGCCUCCACCAUCUUCCGAGGCAGUGCAUUCCACACCUCCACAACUCUCUGCGAGAAGAAGCUCUUCCUCAACUCUGUUUUAAAUAACUGACCUCUUAUUCUCAAUCCAUGCCCUCUGGUACUGGACUCUCCCAACAUCUGGAACAUAUUUCCUGCCUCAAUCUUAUCAAAUCCUUUAAUUAUCUUAAGCGUUUCAAUCAGAUCCCCUCUCAAUCUCCUCAAUUCCAGCGUGUACAAGCCCAAUCUCUCCGCGUAAGACAGCCCUGCCAUCCCAGGAAUCAACCUAGUGAAUCUACGCUGCACUUCCUCAAUUGCCAGAAUGUCCUUCUUUAAACCUGGAGACCAAAACUGUAUACAAUAUUCCAGGUGUGGUCUCACCAGGGCCCUGUACAAAUGCAAAAGGACAUUCUUGCUCUUGUACUCAAUUCCCCUUGUAACAAAGGCCAACAUUCCAUUUGCCCUCUUCACUGCCUGUUGCACUUGCUCAUUCACCUUCAUUGACUGGUGAACUAGGACUCCUAGGUCUCCUUGCAUUUCUCCCUUACCUAACUCUACACCGUUCAGACAAUACUCUGCCCUCUUGUUCCUGCUUCCAAAAUGGAUAACUUCACAUUUAUUCACAUUGAAUGACAUCUGCCAAGUAUCUGCCCACUCACCCAGCCUAUCCAAGUCUCCCUGUAUUCUCCUAACGUCCUCUUCGCUUGUCACACUGCCACCCAGUUUAGUAUCGUCAGUAAACUUACUGAUAUAGUUUUCAAUGCCCUCAUCUAAAUCAUUGACAUAAAUUGUAAAGAGCUGUGGUCCCAAUACAGAGCCCUGUGGUACCCCACUAGUUACCUCCAGCCAGUCCGAGAAACACCCAUUCACUGGUACCCUUUGCUUUCUAUCUGCCAACCAGUUUUCUAUCCAUGUUGAAACCCUGCCCCCAAUGCCAUGAGCUCUGAUUUUACUCACCAAUCUCCUAUGUGGCACCUUAUCGAAUGCCUUCUGAAAAUCUAGGUACACAACAUCCACUGGCUUACCCUCGUCUCACAUCCUUGUUACACCCUCAAAAAACUCCAACAGAUUAGUCAAGCAUGAUUUGCCCUUGGUAAAUUCAUGCUGGCUCGGCCUAAUCCUAUUUCUGCCAUCAAGAUGUGCCACUAUUUCGUCCUUAAUAAUGGACUCAAGCAUCUUCCCCACGACUGACGUUAGGCUAACAGGGCGAUAGUUCUCCGUUUUCUCCUUCCCUCCCUUCUUGAAAAGUGGGUUAACAUUAGCCACUCUCCAAUCUUCAGGAACUGAUCCUGAAUCUAAGGAACAUUAGAAAGUGAUUACCAAUGCAUCCGCAAUUUCCUGAGCCACCUCUUUUAGAACCCUCGGAUGCAGACCAUCUGGACCCGGAGAUUUAUUAGCCUUCAGUCCUACCAGUCUACUCAUCACAGUUUCUUUCCUAAUGUCAAUCUGUCUCAAUUCCUCUGAUAUCUUAUGACCCUGGCCCAUCCAUACAUCUGGGAGAUUGCUUGUGUCCUCCCUGGUGAAGACAGAUCUAAAGUACGCAUUAAAUUCUGUUGCCAUUUCCCUGUUUCCCAUAACAAUUUCUCCCAAUUCAUUCUUCAAGGGGCCAACAUUGUUCUUAACUAUCUUCUUUCUCUUCACAUAGCUAAAAAAGCUUUUGCUAUCCCCUUUUAUAUUCCUGGCUAGACUGAGCUCAUACCUGAUUUUUUCUCUCUGUAUUGCUUUUUUAGUUAAGAUCUGCUGUUCCUUAAAACUUUCUCAAUCAUCUGUAUUCCCACUCAUCUUAGCCCUGUCAUACUUCUUUUUCUUUAAUGCUAUACAAUCUCUGACUUCCUUUGUCAACCACUGUGGCCCCUUCCCCCUCUUUGAAUCCUUCCUUCUCAUUGGAAUGAACUGCUUUUGCAUCUUUUGUAUUAUGCCCAAGAAUAUCUGCCACUGCUGAUCCACUGUCUUUCCUGCCAGGGCAUCCGCCCAUUUAACUUUGGCCAGCUCUUCCCUCAUGUCUCUGUAGUCUCCUUUAUUUAAUUGCAACACUGACACCUCUGAUCUGCCCUUAUCCCUCUCAAAUUGUAGAUAAAAACUUAUCAUGUUAUGAUCACUACUUCCUAAUGGCUCCUUUACUUCAAGAUCACUUAUCAAUUCCUCAGGAUUUCCAGCUUCUGCAGAAACGCUUGUGUUCCUAAUUUUUUCCCCAUUGUAUGUUAAUUUAUUGAAACUUUGUAAUUUUGAUAGCUAAUCCCUCACCAUGCUCAGGUAAUAGGGACAUUUCCUAUUUGUGUAAUUAUGCUUUUUUAUUAGAAAGGUGAUGCCACUAGUAUAGUGUACAGGUAUGAAAGUGACCUAUACCAUGUGUGCAGAUGUUAGCAAUGCGGUCACACCAGUAAGAAAUUUAACUCUCUUCCACUCCUGAAUCUCCCCAUACCGGAAUUAAAACAGAGUUGGAAAAGGGGUGACAAAUAUACUCUCAGUGGCCACUUUAUUAGGUACAGGACUGUUCUUCUGCUGCUGUAGCCCAUCCACUCCAAGCUUCAACAUGUUGUGCAUUCAGAGAUACUCUUCUGCACACCGCUGAGGUAACGUGGCUAUUUUGGUGUCAUCUUCCUGUCAGCUUGAACCUCUCUAGCCAUUCUUCUUUGACCUCUCUCAUUAACAAGGUGUUUUCACCCACAGAACUGCUGCUCACUGGGUGUUUUUUUUUGUCUUUUCAGACUAUUCUCUGUAAACUCUAGAGACUGCUGUGUGUGAAAAUCCCAGGAGAUCAGCAGUUUCUGAGAUCCUCAAACCACCCCAUCUGGCACCAACAAUCAUUCCACAAUCAAAAUCACUUAAUUCACAUUUCUUCCCCAUUCUGAUGUUUGGUCCAAACAACAUCUGAACCUCUUGACCGUGUCUGCAUGCUUUUAUGCAUUGAGUUGCUGUUACGUGAUUGGCUGAUUAGAUUUUGUAUUAACAAGCUGGUGCACCUAAUGAAGUGGCCACUGAAAUUAAUUGCACUAAAACACAAAGAAGAUUACAGGUUAUCUUUAUUUGUCCCACAUGCAUCAAAACAUACUGUGAAAUGCAUUGUUUGUGCCGAGAAAUGCAUUGUUUGUGCCACAGUCUGAGGGUUGUGCUGGGGGCAGCAGGCAGCUGUUGCCAUGCUUCCAGUGCCAACAGAGCAUGUCCACAACUUACCAGCUCUUGAACCAUGCACCUUACGGAAUGUGGGAGGAAACCGGAAUAACCAGAGGCAACCUAGUCAGUCAAGGGGAGAGGGCAUUAUGCUGCCCACUACGCCACCGUGCCCUCUCCCCCACUAUAGGAUGCCAAUUAAAGUUUUAUUUAUUUUUUGGGAUAGGCCCUUCCAGCCCUUCAAGCUGUGCCACCCAGUAACCCCUGAUUUAAGCCUGACCUACUCACAGGACAAUUUACAAUGACCAAUUACCCUACUAACUGUUGUAUCUUUGGACCAUGGAGGAAACCCACACGGAUUGACACGUCUGUGUCUAAGGCCACAGAAACCGUUUUCUGAGGAACCUUUGGACCUGUAGAUGUUCCUGGUUAUCCUGGGAUAAUAUUAGACCCCUUCCUUAAAGGGUCCACUGAGAAUUCCUCAGUGCAAACCCUUGCUCCCCUCUUUUUAUUAGUUAUGUCUAAUAGAUGAAGAAGAAAGCCCUCAACUCCAAAUGGAGUCAUCGGGACGCUGUCAUGACGGCGUUUUUUUUAAGCAGACUUUCUUGUUUUUACGAGACCAAGUUGCUAGCUCGACGCUCAACCCAGCACGGAUGGGAAGCGUGCAAGGGAGCCGGCUAGAUUCGAACCUGGGAGCCUUCGCUCCAAAGUCCAGCACUGAUGCCACUACGCCACCAGCCAGCAUAUCUAUGGGCUCCUUUUAAUUAUUAUUUUGAGAUGCAGCUGCCCAAGUACACCCAGGAGACCAAUUAACCCUAUUUGGGAUGUGUGAGGAAACAGGAGCACCUGGAAGAAAUCCAUGUGGUAAUGGGGAGAGUGUCCCCUUUUCUCCUCACAGACAAUGGUGGGACUUGGUCAUUAUAUUGCCCUCUGUGUUAGGUGGAAUGUUGUUAAUGCGUCCCGGUUCCCUAGCCUACCAAAGUACUGUGGGUUAUUUGUUCUCCUGCUCCAGGUCACUCCCCUUGCUAAUGAGGUCUGUCCCGUAAGGUAGGCUUGCGGAGGAGUGAAUCUAGGAUAACUCGCUUGGCUUCGUUAGGGAGAUCCUGCCUGACUAAUUUGAUUGACUCUUUCGAGGAGGUGAUUAAGUAUGUCGCUGAGGGUAGUGCGGUUGAUGCAGUCUACAUGGACUUCAGUAAGGCUUCUGACAAGGUCCCACAUGGGAGACUGGUCACAAAGCAGCGCCACUAUGGAGAGCUCGAGCAGGUGUAAAGAGGUGGUCUUGCUGGCUUGUGGUUCAUUUAAUCCCAUCACAAACAUGCACCUGAGGAUGUUUGAAUUAGCCCGUGAUUACCUGCAUGAAACAGGGAAAUACAUGGUGAUAAAGGGCAUAAUAUCUCCUGUGAGUGAUGCAUACAAAAAGAAGGGCCUUAUAGAGGCAUCCCAUCGUGUAGCGAUGAUAGAAAAGGCUGUACAGUGCUCUGACUGGGUGACCAUAGAUCCUUGGGAAAGCAAGCAGGGGGAAUGGCUGGAGACUGUCAAAGUUCUUAGGCAUCAUUAUGAGAAUCUGAUGAAACUCUACGGCAAUGACAAAAAGAUCACGACACUACCCAGAAGAGCAAAGAAAAGGAAGGCAGAAGAUAAAGACGUCUGUCCACUAGUCGAAAGACAUGAUUUUAAACCAGAUUUGCCUGAGUUGAUGCUGCUGUGUGGAGCCGAUGUUUUCGAGUCAUUUGGAGUUCCUAAUCUGUGGAAAAACGAAGACCUAGAAGAAAUCUUGGGCAGGUUCGGGCUGGUCUGCAUUAGCCGACAAACGUGCAAUCUUCAAAAAUGUAUCUACGAGUCUGACCUUAUCUGGAGGUUCAGGGAAAAAAUUCACCUUGUGACCGAAUGGAUAGACAAUGACAUCUCGGCCACGAAGGUUCGCCGAGCUUUGCGAAGGGGACAGAGUGUUAGGUACGUGAUCCCGGAUCCCGUCAUUGAUUACAUUCAGCAGCACCGGCUGUACGAUCAGCAGAGUGAAACUAAGAAUUCUGACGUCACCUUAGCACCCCUGCAGCGCUACAGAGAAGAAUCAAGUCAGGGCUCACUACAGUGUUCUCGUCACUUGACUUGCAUGAUGCCUGCGGACUUCAAAGGUACCUGGAAGCUGAUUCGCAAUGAAAAUCUCGACGCUUACUUGCAAGCACUGGAUAUUGACUUUGCUAUUCGUAAGGUUGCAGCUCUGCUGAAACCAGAGAAGGUUAUUGAGCAGAACGGUGAUUCAUUCGUCAUCAAAACAAACAGCACCUUCAGGAACUAUGAGAUCCAGUUUACAGUGGGAGAAGAAUUUGAUGAAGAUGUAAAAUGCUUAGACAAUCGCAAAUGCAAGUCAAUAGUUACCUGGGAAAACGGAAAACUGGUUUGCACUCAGAAGGGAGAAAAGAAGAACCGGGGAUGGACUCACUGGAUCGAGGGCGAUGACCUAUACCUGGAACUCUGCUGUGAAAACCAGGUGUGCAGACAGGUUUAUAAGAAAAUAUCCUCAACAUAAGUGCGUGAAAACAGAAAAUGUGAAGCCUGUUAUUUGGCGUGAUUUCUGCUAAAUGUUAAGACUGCAUUUCUUUGAGUGAUCAAAAGCUGAUAAGUGUCCCUUUGUCUUCUGACUUUGGUCUGACCGUAUUUCAUACCACACUGAGAUAAAUAAACACAUUUCAAGUAGUUUUGCUU